AGAUUUUGUUUGCUUUCUCAAAUCUCUCUUCCUUCCCUUCGUAAAGCAAAAUCAGCCCAUUAUCCACCACUCGUCUGUUAAUCACAAACACACAGAAGAGAGAGAAAACAAAACAAAGAAAAAACAGAGUAAAAAGGAGCUUCUUCUUACCCUAGAAAUAUGUAUUCUGAUAAAGACUUGUGCUCAGUGAUUCCGUAUUGAAUUAUUACCUUCUGGGUUUUUGUAGUAAUUGCUCUUCUUCAAUGGGUAUCAACCCAAAAUCCCCUUUCCCCCCUGCAUUAUCCUUCUCCUCUAAUUUGUGAUUUUGCUUUCUUUGUUUUUCUGAGACUCUUCUGCUCUUUUCUCCUAAUUUUGAUGUAGUAGUAGUUGCUGUUGUUCUUCCUCUUAGAACCUGAAGCCUAUUUUUCUUGAGAUUUCAAGUUAAGUACCAUAAGAAACUAGAUGGAUCGAAGGGAUCCGAUGGCGUUAUCGGGGUCGCAAUCGUUCUAUAUGCAGAGAGGAAUUAGCAACUCUGGCUCUGGUGCACAGGGUUUGCGUUCCUCUACUAACCCAAAUGUGGCAUUUCAAACCAACACUGGAGGCAACAAUGUUGGAUCAGGGUUGCCAAUGGACCCUAACCCUGCCAUUUCACCUUAUGGUGGCAAUGUAGGGGCUCAAUCUGGUGGAGUGGUUGCCAGUGAGCCGGUGAAACGCAAGCGAGGCCGACCUCGCAAGUAUGGAACUGAAGGGACUGUGUCUUUGGCACUGUCUCCCUCUCCUUCUGCUGUCAAUCCAGCCACUGUAGCUUCUUCCCCGAAGCGGGGAAGGGGACGGCCUCCCGGGUCUGGAAAGAAGCAACAAUUGGCUUCUCUUUGUGAAACACUUUCUGGAUCAGCUGGCAUGGGCUUUACUCCACAUGUUAUCACCAUUGGAAUAGGAGAAGAUGUUGGUGCCAAGAUUAUGUCAUUUUCACAGCAGGGACCAAGAGUUGUAUGCAUCUUGUCAGCAAAUGGUGCCGUCUCCACUGUUACUCUUCGUCAGCCUUCGACUUCAGGAGGCACGGUCACAUAUGAGGGUCGUUUUGAGAUAAUAUGUCUGUCAGGCUCAUAUGCCCUUGGAGAAGUUGCUGGUUCUAGGAACCGCACUGGUGGUCUGAGUGUUUCCCUUGCUAGCCCUGAUGGGCGUGUUAUCGGUGGUGGAGUAGGAGGAGCACUUAUCGCAGCAACCCCGGUUCAGGUGAUAGUAGGGAGCUUCAUGUGGGGCAGUUCAAAGUCAAAGUACAAGAAGAGGGAAGCUGUUGAAGGCGUGAUUGACUCAGAUCAUCAGUCAGUAGAUCAUGCAGUAGCAAUUGCGAACGUGCAGCAGAAUCAGAAUCUGACUCCGACGUCGUCGGUUAGUAUGUGGCCGUCCUCGCAGUCUCUGGACAUGCGCAAUGCGCACAUUGACAUUGAUCUGAUGCGCGGUUGAGAGCAGUUUAGUUGGUAAUUGUCCCACAUGUCUUGAGUACUUGUGAAGUCUGUUAGGUUAAUUUAAGUGAGAUUGAGUUUGGAUUUAUGUUGCUGUGGUUAGAUCCUGAUUAUUGACAUUCUAAUUUGUAGUUUAUGCUUUUUUUUUUGGUAACCAAUGAACAUGAAUCCAAGUCUGGCUUUCUGAAAA